GCUCUGGACACCAGGAGGACGGCGGCAUCACCGUCCCGGGUGGCAGGGAGCAAGUGGCACCGGUCUCAUGGCAGAAUGUGGGGCACUCCGGCCGUGCGGAGCAUCCGUCCCUACCCGACCAGCCAGCAGUACCUGUACGCCAUGAAGGAGGACCUGGCGGAGUGGCUGAAGGAGCUGUAUGACCUGGACAUCAGGGUGGGCACCUUUGUGGAGGUGCUGGAAACGGGGGUUGUGCUCUGCUCCCACGCCAACAACGUCACCCAGGUGGCCGGGGAGUUCGCCUGCGCCUACCCCGACGUGGCCCGUCACCUCCGCCUGCCCACUGCCGGUGUCACCUGCAACCUCACAGCUCAGCCAGGCACCUUCCAGGCCAGGGACAACGUUUCCAACUUCAUCCAGUGGUGCAGGAAGGAGAUGGAUAUCAAAGAUGUGCUGAUGUUUGAGACAGAGGACCUGGUGCUGAGGAAGAACGAGAAGAACUUCGUGCUGUGCCUGCUGGAGCUGGCACGUCGCGCUUCCCGCUUCGGCAUGCGCGCCCCGACCCUGGUGCAGAUGGAGGAGGAGAUCGAGGAGGAGCUUCGCCAGGAGCUGGACCUGCCCCCCACAGACACCCCCCUGCCCCGGCCCCCCAGGAAACCACGGGACCUCAACAACCUCGACCAGAUGGUCCAGCACCUGGUGAGCCGCUGUACCUGCCCUGUCCAGUUCCCCAUGAUCAAGAUAUCCGAAGGGAAAUACCGUGUGGGCGACUCUGACACCCUCAUCUUUGUCCGGAUCCUGCGGGAGCACGUCAUGGUGCGGGUCGGGGGCGGCUGGGACACGCUGGAGCACUACCUGGACAAGCACGACCCGUGUCGCUGCACCUCCCUCUCUCACAAACAAGCCAGGAGCCCUCAGCAGCAAGCGCAGCACGAGGUCUGGCUGUGCCCGGCCUCGAAGGCGGCCGCUUCCCGUGGCCCCCAAACCACGCUGCUGGUCAACCGCUCCCAGAGCCCCCUGCCCCCCGUCACCUGGGGGCCCCGUGUCCCUCCUCGCCCCCAGUCCCCUGCCACCCCCUCACCACAGAGCUCGGGUCGCCCACUGGGUGCCAGCCCUCACCGGGAGCCAGCGCAGCCCCGGAGGGUCCCUUCGGGCAGGAUGCGGGAGCCACCGGCUGCCUCUCCGGGGAGGCAGCCACCGCCAUCCAGGGCUCCUGCUCGACCCAGCUCCCCUGGCCAAGGGGUGACAGGCCGGGCACCCACCCCUUCCCGGCUGACCUUGCCAAACGGCCCCACCACCCUCCCAGCCACGGAGGAAGCAGAGGGGACGGGAGUGGGGUCCCAGACCCCACAAGGAGUGAGCUCCAACAGCGUCCCCAAGCCCCGGAGGUGCCUGAAGAAGCCUGAGCGUGUUCCCUCCAUCUACAAGCUGAAGCUGCGGCCCAAGGUGCGUCCCCGGCGGGACCACAGGCCAGGCAAGCGCCCUUCGCGCAUCCCCACCCCGCUGGGGCAUCGCCCACCUGCCCGCCGGGGCCAGCAUCGCCCCCCGGGGCCGCCCAGACCCCCCCCGCCCGGCAGCACACGCCCUCUGGCCAAGCCCUCCCCAGCCGACAGGCAGCGCCUGGCUGACCGAGGAUGA